ACAACGUCGUUUUGGCUCACUUCAGGGUUCGCCAUUUCUUCUCCGAAUCAGAACAAGUGUCAGAUUCUCUUUCUCGUUCUUCAGUGAAGCUCGCACCUCACUAAAUCGUUGACGCCCACAAGCCUAAUUGUAGUUCAAGCGUCAACGAUUAGUGAUUUAGGAGAGAGCAUGGCAUCAAAAAGGGAAAGGGAAAGUGGUGACAGGGUAGAUGAUGAAGAGGUUGAUGUUGAGUCAAAAAGGCAAAGGCUGGAUGAGGAUCCUUCCCCCUCUCCUCCUCCUGUCUCCAUUGCAAAUCCUCUUUCUGGUUUGGCCAAUAAUUAUGCUGACAUUGAUGAGGAGGAAGAUUAUGAUAGAAAGGAAAGGGAUGGUGUUAACGAGCGGAGGAAUGAUGGGUCCCAGCAUAAUGGGCAUGAAUAUGGAGAGGCCGAUGAUAGUGGCGACGAAGAUGAUUCACAUGAACAACUAUUUGGUGGAAGAAACAGUCGCCAGGUUGAGGUUCGGAAGGACUGUCCUUAUCUCGAUACUGUUAAUAGACAGGUUUUGGAUUUUGAUUUUGAGAAGUUCUGUUCUGUCUCCCUGUCAAAUUUAAAUGUGUAUGCAUGUUUGGUUUGUGGGAAAUAUUACCAAGGGAGAGGGAAGAAGUCUCAUGCAUAUACACAUAGCCUGGAAGCAGGACACCAUGUUUAUAUCAAUCUCCGAACUGAAAAAGUCUACUGUCUUCCUGAUGGAUAUGAAAUUAAUGAUCCUUCAUUAGAUGACAUUCGACAUGUCCUAAACCCAAGAUUUACUGGAAAAGAAGUUGAACAACUUGACAAAAAUAAGCAGUGGUCUAGGGCACUUGAUGGUUCUAGUUACCUUCCUGGAAUGGUAGGACUUAACAAUAUCAAGGAGACUGAUUUUGUGAAUGUAACAAUUCAAUCUUUAAUGAGAGUUACCCCCUUGAGGAACUUUUUCCUUAUCCCUGAAAAUUAUCAACACUGCAAAUCUCCUCUUGUUCAUCGAUUUGGCGAACUCACUAGGAAGAUCUGGCAUGCGCGAAACUUUAAAGGACAGGUCAGUCCACAUGAGUUUCUGCAAGCAGUGAUGAAAGCCAGUAAAAAACGGUUUCGGAUUGGUGUGCAAUCUGACCCAGUUGAGUUCAUGUCAUGGCUUCUUAAUACGCUACAUGCAGAUCUUAAGACUUCAAAGAAGAAUACUAGCAUAAUUUAUGAGUGUUUUCAGGGUGAACUUGAGGUUGUAAAAGAGAUUCCUAACAAAGGGAUCACUGACAAGAAAGAAAAUAAUGAACAUCAAAACAAUGCUGAGAAACUUUCAGAUGGGGUAAAUGUGCGAUAUGCAUUUGUCAAAGAAACUUCAAAAAUGCCAUUUCUAAUGUUAGGGUUGGACUUGCCACCACCUCCGCUUUUCAAGGAUGUGAUGGAAAAAAAUAUAAUACCCCAGGUUCCACUCUUUAAUAUACUAAAGAAAUUUGACGGUGAGACUGUCACAGAGGUGGUCCGUCCUCAUAUAGCAAGGAUGCAGUAUCGUGUUACCAGAUUGCCGAAGUAUCUGAUUCUUCACAUGCGUCGAUUUACUAAGAAUAACUUUUUUGUUGAAAAGAAUCCUACAUUAGUCAACUUUCCCGUGAAGAAUCUGGAGUUGAAGGAUUACAUUCCCUUGCCUACUCCAAAAGAAAAUGAGAAAUUGCGAUCUAAAUAUGAUUUAAUUGCCAAUGUAGUUCAUGAUGGCAAACCUGGUGAAGGAUUUUAUAGAGUAUUUGUGCAACGCAAAUCAGAAGAACUAUGGUAUGAGAUGCAGGACUUGCACGUCUCUGAAACACUUCCUCAUUUGGUUGCUCUUUCAGAAGCUUAUACGCAAAUAUAUGAACAGCAGCGGUGAAAGGCUGAGUUUGAAUUCUUUUGCCAAGGUACCAUAACAUGAGGCACAUUGUGUGCUGAAGGAUUGAGAAUGAGACUGAAUUCACGCGCACAUAUAGCAAAUUGGUUAACGGGCAGCAACUGAAUCUUAGAUGUUUUUCUGAAACUAAUUCGUGUUUGUGAUUACUGAAGCUGUCUAAACACGUAAAAUGAACUUCUUUGGUAUUCAACUUCGACUAGUUCAUAUAUACAGAUGUAUUGCAUAGCCUCGAGUGACCCAGUUGGAUUUAUCUUGUACUUUGCUGAUGCUAUGUCUGAGUAACACAUGGGCCGUGAUAUAUCCGCUAAAGUUUAUUCCCGAUUUAAGUUGCAUUGCUUUAACAUUUUUCAUACCCCUUCAGGAAAGGGUUUAGAAGAUAUAUUGUCUGGUGCAUGACAUUCUCUUAACAAUAUACGAGCUAACUAUGUAAUUUUUAUUGUUGUGUAGUGUAAACCUGCAGCCAAAAAUUGAUGUUAAUUGUGUUAGUGGAUUGUUAGCACCGUGUACAUAGGCUUUGUGAUUAGGCGGAUACUGUUUCUUAUGGCGUUCAGGAUCAUAAUUUUUUCACCCGUGUAUUUUAUUAAUAAAAUUUCAA